AUGUACUUCCUGUUUCCUGUGGCUUGGCUCCACCCCCUGUGGUGUGGCCACGCCCCUCUGAUGACACGUACGUCCGUGACCAGGUCCCUCAGGACAGAGUUCCAGUACCCAGGCAUGUUCUCCUGAUCUAGAACACAAUCUAGAACUCUUUAAUCUCACUGUGACCCUGUUCUGGAAAACAAAUCUAGAACCUUUGACUGCACCGUGUGUUCUAAGUGUUGCCAAAUGAUCUUGAUUUUGAUUUGAUCAAUCACUUUCUUCCUAUAAUUUCUGAUCAUGCCUUUUUUACUCCUGCUACUAAUCUCAAUUUUCCUCUGAUUGAGAACUCACACUGGUCAAAGAACCUUAACUAAAAGGACGUAACUUUUGCUAGAAUGCUUUUAUAUUUUUUGUCUUUAAAUGUGGUAACACACUAACAUUUUCUAAAACAAACCAUGUUUAGAAAUAAUCUAAAUAUUUUUUAACAACCACUAUUUCUGAUGAUAAUUUCAAUUAAUAAUUAGUUAGUUAACACACAAACUUCCAACACUAAAUACAGUAAUUGUGUUAAACUUGGAAUUGACACAUUUGUUGAUUAAGUAGUUGAUCAACAUGAAUUUAGCAUUAUGUAGUGUAAGAUAAUAUAGAGUUGUUAGCAUUUUCUCCAUUAACAUUAAAUACUUUAAGAACUGGCACUAUUUACAGUGAGGGAAAAAAGUAUUUGAUCCCCUGCUGAUUUUGUACGUUUGCCCACUGACAAAGACAUGAUCAGUCUAUAAUUUUAAAGGUAGGUUUAUUUGAACAGUGAGAGACAGAAUAACAACAACAAAAUCCAGAAAAACGCAUGUCAAAAAUGUUAUAAAUUGAUUUGCAUUUUAAUGAGGGAAAUAAGAAUUUGACACCCUCUCAAUCAGAAAGAUUUCUGGCUCCCCGGUGUCUUUUAUACAGGUAACGAGCUGAGAUUAGGAGCACACUCUUAAAGGGAGUGCUCCUAAUGUGUUGUAUAAAAGACACCUGUCCACAGAAGCAAUCAAUCAAUCAGAUUCCAAACUCUCCACCAUGGCCAAGACCAAAGAGCUCUCCAAAGAUGUCAGGGACAAGAUUGUAGACCUACACAAGGCUGGAAUGGGCUACAAGACCAUCGCCAAGCAGCUUGGUGAGAAGGUGACAACAGUUGGUGCCAUUAUUCGCAAAUGGAAGAAACACAAAAUAACUGUCAAUCUCCCUUGGCCUGGGGCUCCAUGCAAUAUCUCACCUCGUGGAGUUGCAAUGAUCAUGAGAACGGUGAGGAAUCAGCCCAGAACUACACAGGAGGAUCUUGUCAAUGAUCUUAAAGCAGCUGGGACCAUAGUCACCAAGAAAACAAUUGGUAACACACUACGCCGUGAAGGACUGAAAUCCUGCAGCGCCCGCAAAGUCCCCCUGCUCAAGAAAGCACAUAUAAAGGCCCGUCUGAAGUUUGCCAAUGAACAUCUGAAUGAUUCAGAGGAGAACUGGGUGAAAGUGUUGUGGUCAGAUGAGACCAAAAUCGAGCUCUUUGGCAUCAACUCAACUCGCCGUAUUUGGAGGAGGAGGAAUGCUGCCUAUGAGGGAAAUAAGUAUUUGACCCCCUCUCAAUCAGAAAGAUUUCUGGCUCCCAGGUGUCUUUUAUACAGGUAACGAGCUGAGAUUAGGAGCACACUCUUAAAGGGAGUGCUCCUAAUCUCAGCUUGUUACCUGUAUAAAAGACACCUGUCCACAGAAGCAAUCAAUCAAUCAGAUUCCAAACUCUCCACCAUGGCCAAGACCAAAGAGCUAUCCGAGGAUGUCAGGGACAAGAUUGUAGACCUACACAAGGCUGGAAUGGGCUACAAGACCAUCGCCAAGCAGCUUGGUGAGAAGGUGACAACAGUUGGUGCGAUUAUUCGCAAAUGGAAGAAACACAAAAGACCUGUCAAUCUCCCUCGGCCUGGGGCUCCAUGCAAGAUCUCACCUCGUGGAGUUGCAAUGAUCAUGAGAACGGUGAGGAAUCAGCCCAGAACCUCACGGGAGGAUCAUGUCAAUGAUCUCAAGGCAGCUGGGACCAUAGUCACCAAGAAAACAAUUGGUAACACACUACGCCGUGAAGGACUGAAAUCCUGCAGCGCCUGCAAGGUCCCCUUCCUCAAGAAAGCACAUAUACAUGCCCGUCUGAAGUUUGCCAAUGAACAUCUGAAUGAUUCAGAGGAGAACUGGGUGAAAGUGUUGUGGUCAGAUGAGACCAAAAUCGAGCUCUUUGGCAUCAACUCAACUCGCCGUGUUUGGAGGAGGAGGAAUGCUGCCUAUGACCCCAAGAACACCACCCCCACCGUCAAACAUGGAGGUGGAAACAUUAUGCUUUAGGGGUGUUUUUCUGCUAAGGGGACAUGACAACUUCACUGCAUCAAAGGGACGAUGGACGGGGCCAUGUACCGUCAAAUCUUGGGUGAGAAUCUCCUUCCCUCAGCCAGGGCAUUGAAAAUGGGUCAUGGAUGGGUAUUCCAGCAUGACAAUGACCCAAAACACACGGCCAAGGCAACAAAGGAGUGGCUCAAGAAGAAGCACAUUAAGGUCCUGGAGUGGCCUAGCCAGUCUCCAGACCUUAAUCCCAUAGAAAAUCUGUGGAGGGAGCUGAAGGUUUGAGUUGCCAAACGUCAGCCUCGAAACCUUAAUGACUUGGAGAAGAUCUGCAAAGAGGAGAGGGACAAAAUCCUUCCUGAGAUGUGUGCAAACCUGGUGGCCAACUACAAGAAACGUCUGACCUCUGUUUAUUGCCAACAAGGAUUUUGCCACCAAGUACUAAGUCAUAUUUUGCAGAGGGGUCAAAUACUUAUUUCCCUCAUUAAAAUGCAAAUCAAUUUAUAACAUUUUUGACAUGCAUCUUUCUGGAUUUUUUUGUUGUUAUUCUGUCUCUCACUGUUCAAAUAAAUCUACCAUUAAAAUUAUAGACUGAUCAUGUCUUUGUCAGUGGGCAAACGUACAAAAUCAGCAGGGGAUCAAAUACUUUUUUCCCCUCACUGUAGCUUUCCCUUUCAAACUAUUAAAAAAUACUUAUGGUUCAUCAUAUACACUACCAGUUUGGACACACCUACUCAUUCAAGGGUUUUCUUUAUUUUUACAAUUUUUUACAUUGUAGAAUAAUAGUGAAGACAUCAAAACUAUGAAAUAACACAUAUGGAAUCAUGUAGUAACCAAAAAAGUGUUAAACAAAUCAAAAUAUAUUUUAUAUUUGAGAUUCUUCAAAUAGCCACCCUUUGCCUUGAUGACAGCAUUGCACACUCUUGGCAUUCUCUCAACCAGCUUCAUGAGGUAGUCACCUGGAAUGCAUUUCAAUUAACAGUUGUGCCUUCUUAAAAGUUAAUUUGCGGAAUGUCUUUCCUCCUUAAUGUGUUUGAGCCAAUAAGUUGUGUUAUGACAAGGUAGGGGGGGUGUACAGAAGAUAGCCCUAAUUGGUAAAAGACCAAGUCCAUAUUAUUGCAAGAACAGCUCAAAUAAGCAAAGAGAAACAAUUGUCUCUUCAAGUGCAGUCGCAAAAACCAUCAAGCGCUAUGAUGAAACUGGCUCUCAUGAGGCCCGCCACAGGAAUGGAAGACCCAGAGUUACCUCUGCUGCAGAGGAUAAGUUCAUUAGAGUUACCAGCCUCAAAAAUUGCAGCCCAAAUAAAUACUUCACAGAGUUCAAGUAACAGACACAUUUCAACAUCAAUUGUUCAGAGGGGACUGUGUGAAUCAGGCCUUCAUGACCGAAUUGCUGCAAAUAAACCACUAUUAAAGGACACCAAUAAGAGGAAGAGACCUGCUUGGUCCAAGAAACACGAGCAAUGGACAUUAGACCGGUGGAAAUUUGUCCUUUGGUCUGGAGUCCAAAUUUGAGAUUUUUGGUUCAAACCGCCAUGUAUUUGUGAGACGUGGUGUGGGUGAACAGAUGAUCUCCGCAUGUGUAGUUCCCACUGUGAAGCAUGGAGGAGGAGGUGUUAUGGUGUAGGGGUGCUUUGCUGGUGACACUGUCUGUGAUCUAUUUAGAAUUCAAGGCACACUUAACCAGCAUGUCUACCACAGCAUUCUGCAGCGAUACGCCAUCCUAUCUGGCUUGGGCUUAGUGGGACUAUCAUUUGUUUUUCAACAGGACAAUGACCCAACACACCUCCAGGCUGUGUAAGGGCUAUUUUACCAAGAAGGAGAGUGAUGGAGUGCUGCAUCAGAUGACCUGGUCUCCACAAUGCCCCGACCUCAACCCAAUUGAGAUGGUUUGGGAUGAGUCGGACGGCAGAGUGAAGGAAAAGCAGCCAACAAGUGCUCAGCAUAUGUGGGAACUCCUUCAAGACUGUUGGAAAAGCAUUCCAGGUGAAGCUGGUUGAGAGAAUGCCAAGAGUGUGCAAAGCUAUUGUCAAGGCAAAUGGUGGUUAUUUGAAGAAUCUCAAAUAUAAAAUAUAUUUUGAUUUGUUUAACACUUUUUUGGUUACUACAUGAUUCCAUAUGUGUUAUUUCAUAGUUUUGAUGUCUUCACUAUUAUUCUACAAUGUAAAAAACUGUUUAAAAAAAGAAAGAAAAACCCUUGAAAGAGUAGGUGUGUUCAAACUUUUGACUGGUACUGUAUAUACACAGCCAGACCCCAAGCAGGUAUUAAUUGAAAUGAAAUAACGAUAUUGAAAAUAAGCUACAUAAGAUUUGACUUCUUAAAACAGUUAUUUGGUUUGCCUUGAGGUCUGGCUGUGUCAGAUGUUAGUUAUCCUGAUGGUGUCUCUGUCUAUGCUAACUCUUGUUUUACCCCUGCACAUUCUGCCGCCCAGCUCUGCUAUACCGGGAUUUCUGGGAUACCUAGGUCCUCCAGGUUAGACUCCAUGGUGUUUGAUGAUGAUGAUGACCACUGUUGUUCUGUUGUGACAAUGCUGAUCUGUGUUCAUAUUGAAUAGCGGCCAUUUUGUUAGCCCUGGUACCUGAUCCGUUUGUGCUCUUGCCAACUCCAUUGUUGUUGGCAUGAUAGCACUAACAGACUGGCACUCGCUACCAUUUUGUUGGAUUGGGUAUGACUUUACCACGUGAUGAUUUGUUAACCACUUUUAACUUUUCAGGAUGGGUUGUGUAGCCUAACAAAGGACUGUAGGCUACACAAACUGUACACACACACACACACACAAGAAUACACCCCAAAAUAAACAAAACACACUUGAACACACACUCGUGUCCCCCCCUUUGUACUGUGUUCAUACCAGAGGAGGAUGGUGGGAGGAGCUAUAAGAGGACGGGCUCAUUGUAAUGGCUUGAAUGGUAUAAAUGGAACGGUGUCAAACACAACCAACAUAUGGAAACCACAUGUUUGGCUCCGUUCCAUUUAUACCAUUCCAGCCAUUACAAUGAGCCCGUCCUCCUAUAGCUCCUCCCAAUAGCCUCCUCUGAUCCAUACUGUGUUUUCCGUAUAGUAGCUAAUACAUCUACAGUGAUAUUUGAACGGGUGUGUUUCAUAAAACCAACUGUAUUACAACAGGUUAGUACAGAAAUCAUAGAGAUGGAUCAGAUAGUGUUAUACAGUAACCAUAGAGAUGGAUCAGAUAGAUCUAGUUUGAACUGUAUGGUUACUAUUAUUGUUGUUUGUUAUAAUGUCAGUAUGAGUAGUUUGUUAUCUCUGACCUCUAAUUUCUGACCACUGUGUGUGAAGGUCCUCCUGGCCCAGAGGGUCCCUAUGGCCUUAGGGGCAGCGGAGGGACCAAAGGUGAGAAGGGAAUCUCUGGAUCUUCCGGAUCCCCUGGUUUCCCCGGAGCGAAGGGAGAAAUGGGAUCGGCCGGAUGUCCAGUAAGGAACCAAACAACUUAGAUCCAUAGAUUUCCCUUCACCCAUUGAUAGAAGGAUGAAUUACAUUUCAAUCAUGGACCUAAUUGCUUUCAUUGAUCCUCUCCUCUCAAAUAUAGAUCCUAACCCAGGGGAAAGGGCUAUGGGUUGGUUUGGGAUUGUGUGAAGUAAAUUUGAAUUCCAUCUAGGUUGUGAUGUCACAUGACCCCUGACCUCUCCCCUAUCAUGUGACCAGGGUAUUCCUGGCCCUCCUGGUGCCAGCGGGCUGAAGGGAGACAUCGGACUUCCCGGCAUUCCCGGAUUCCCAGGUAAAAGAGUAACAACAUUCUUCCAGACGUUUACAUUACAAACAGCAUUGACAUUGUCAACACUGACAUUGACUCUCUCCACUCCCUCUUUCUCCUCCCUCGCUCUCUCUACCUCUCUCUCUCCACUCCAGGACCAAAGGGAGAUUCUGGAAACCCUGGAUCAUCAGGUCUCCCUGGAGAUCCUGGAGAUCCUGGUCCUGUUGGUGAGUCUAGUGUUGCACCCUAAAGGAGAAACACCAGAAAGAUUAAUGGCUGAAAGCAGUGAGUGUAGGUUAGCGAUCACACACACACACUCUAACCCCUGUCUUUGUUAACUCCAGGAAACCAAGGUGACCCAGGUGUUGCUCCGCCCCCCACCGUGCUGAAGGGAGCCAGUGGCCCCCCCGGCCCUUCAGGUCUGCCAGGCAGCUCUGGCUCCCAAGGACCCCCCGGACUGGAGGGAUACUCAGGUCAGUGGACUGUCACACCCAGUGUCUGUUUGACACAGGAGUUAGUUUAUAAAGUUACAGUUAGCUUCGUUUAGCCAGAGAAGGCUUAAAGCUGCAGUUAGCUAGUUUUCCUCUCAAAUGGAGAGCACUCAAUGAUGAGUCCUCUGGUCUGUUUCAGGUCAGCCCGGUCAGCCAGGGGACCCCGGUCCUGAAGGACCCCCAGGAUUCAGUGGAGCCUUCGGCCGCAAGGGAGACUCUGGACCCACCGGACAGCCAGGUAAGAUUGCCAUCUAGCUCAGGUCCAUACAACACUAAUAAUGUUUCAAACCUCCUGAACUAUAUAUUCAAUGUUACACAGACCUAACCUUCCAUCUUUCUCAGGUACUUAGCAUUGCUCAAGGGCACAGCUACAGAUUUUUCACCUAGUCAACUCGGGGAUUCGAACCAGCAACCUUUUAGUUACUGGCCCAAUGCUCUUAACCGCUAGGCUACCUGCCGCUCAGACUUAACCUUCCAUCUAGCCUACUAAUAAUGUUUCAAAUCUCAUGGAGUACAUAUGUUACACAGACCUAACCUUCCAUUGUGUAUAUCAGUCAUGUAUCAUUGUGUAUAUCAGUCAUGUAUCCUUGUGUAUAUCAGUCAUGUGUCUUUGUGUAUAUCAGUCAUCUAUCAUUGUGUAUAUCAGUCAUCUAUCAUUGUGUAUAUCAGUCAUCUAUCAUUGUGUAUAUCAGUCAUGUAUCAUUGUGUAUAUCAGUCAUGUAUCAUCGUGUAUAUCAGUCAUGUAUCAUUGUGUAUAUCAGUCAUGUAUCAUCGUGUAUAUCAGUCAUGUAUCAUUGUGUUUAUCAGUCAUGUAUCAUCGUGUAUAUCAGUCAUGUAUCAUUGUGUAUAUCAGUCAUCUAUCAUUGUGUAUAUCAGUCAUGUAUCAUUGUGUAUAUCAGUCAUGUAUCAUUGUGUAUAUCAGUCAUGUAUCAUCGUGUAUAUCAGUCAUGUAUCAUUGUGUAUAUAAAUAAUGUAUAUUUUUGUAUAUCAGUCAUGUGUCUUUGUGUAUAUCAGUCAUGUAUCAUCGUGUAUAUCAGUCACCUAUCAUUGUGUAUAUCAGUCAUGUAUCAUCGUGUAUAUCAGUCAUGUAUCAUUGUGUUUAUCAGUCAUGUAUCAUCGUGUAUAUCAGUCAUGUAUCUUUGGUCAAUAGUCAUUACAAUAAAUAGCUCUAGAAGUGUAAAAUAAAUUCCAAUCAAGUCAACUUAGUUAUAGUAGCCUAUUGUUAAUUGAGUUCUUAAUGUUCCUUGUUCUCUGUGUCAAUGACUGGACGGUAUUGACAAGAUUGAGUCCAUUGUACCGACCAAACUAAACCAAGUAUUAGAUAGUUUUUUUCCAAUUUUGACCCAGGUCUGCCAGAAAUAGUUUGGCCAAAUGAUACUCCAUGCUGGAACCAUUAUUAAAAUGGAUUAAUAUUAAUAUCAAUCAUGUUUCAUAUUCAUGUAAUGUUAUUAUUAUUGUCCUAUAUCUUUCCUAGUCAAUAGUCAUAUCAAUAUAUAGCUCAAGAAGUGUCAAAUAAACUGAAAUCAAGUCAACUAUAGUAUUGUUCAGUGAGUGUAUUGAGUUAUUAAUGUCUGUCCCCAGGUCAGCGUGGGUACCCAGGUCCCCCUGGUUCAGACGGUCAGCAGGGCCCCCCAGGUAACCCCGGCUCAGUCUCUGUGACCCACGGCUUCCUGAUCACUAGACACAGCCAGGCUGAAGAUGUCCCCAUCUGCCCCGAAGGGACCAGCCUCAUCUACGACGGAUUCUCUCUGCUCUACGUACAGGGCAACGAGAGGGCACACGGACAGGACCUGGGUAAGGAUGGAGACUGGAGUUACACGAUGGCAUCCACAUACAUUAACAUAGAUGGUUGUUGUUGUGAGAGAAGCACCUCACAUUAUUAACCUCUUCUCUUCUCUUCUCUUCUCUUCACUUAAUUUUUCCUGUUUUCUUCUCUUCUGCUCCCUCCCUCCCUCCCUCCCUCCCUCCCUCCCCCUCCCUCCCUCCCUCCCUCUCCUCCCUCCCUCCCUCCUCUGCUCCCUCCCUCCCUCCCUCUCCUCUCUCUCCUCUGCUCCCUCCCUCUUUCCUUUCCUCUCCCCUCACCUCCCUCCCUCUCUCCUCUCCUUUCUCAGGUACUGCUGGUAGUUGCCUGCGUCAGUUCAGCACCAUGCCAUUCAUGUUUUGUAACAUCAACAACAUGUGUAACUUUGCCUCCCGUAACGACUACUCCUAUUGGCUGUCUACACCCAAGCCUAUGACUAUGGCCCCCAUCACUGGAGAAGGCAUCAAACCUUACAUCAGCAGGUAAAGAGGGAUGGAGGGAGGAGAGAGAGAGAGAGAGAGAGAGAGAGAGAGAGAGAGAGAGAGAGAGAGAGAGAGAGAGGUAGAGAGAGAGAGGUAGAGAGAGAGAGGUAGAGAGAGAGAGGUAGAGAGAGAGAGGUAGAGAGAGAGAGAGAGAGAGAGGGGGAGGUAGAGAUUGAGAGGUAGAGAGAGAGAGAGAGAGAGGGGGGGGGGGGGGGACUAAAUGACUAAAAUGUAAAUGCCUGCCAGCUGAGAAUCUUUGGCCCUCCCCUCUGAAGUAUAGGUUACUGUAGCCUACUGACGACGUUACAAGCGUAAUUCAGAAAUUAGGGAGAGAUGUUUAACUUUUUCAAUGCUAGUUAAGGAUACUGUGGUUAUCACGUUUCACAUUGGAUUUAUUAACUACAAAAAGGUAAGACGUGUUUUUAAUUCUAGUGCUGCUUUGCACACACAAGUUUGUUAGCUAGCUAGAUAACAUUUGCUCUGUGUGAUAAGUGUGAUGGAAGGAGUCAGGCGCAGGAGGGUAUUCACCGAGUACAGAGUUUAUUCCUUUGUUGACACACAAAUGCGCUCAAAUAGCGAUCAAUGAAACAGGCACAGGGGAAACUCUAAUCCCUGGCAAAUACACUGUAACGGUAGAAUCCAAUAAUACACAGGCACAGGGGAAAAUCUACCCUGGCAACAAAAUGUACGAGUAGCUACACUACUCUCACAAAUAACAAUCACCCACAAGGACAAGGGGGCAGAGGGAACAUUUAUACACGGACUAAUUAGGGGAUUAGAACCAGGUGUGUGUGAUUGACAAGACAAGACAAUUGUGAUGAUGAUUGGGGCGGCAGUGGUUAGUGACGACGAACGCCCGAAGCCUGCCCGAACAAGGAGGGGAGGCAGCCUCGGCCGAAGUCGUGACACUCUGGUCCAAAGUUAAUCCAACUCAGAAGUUCAAAGACAUUCAAAGUUCCUCCAUAGAAGCCACUCCUCCGUAUGUAUAAUUCUGUGGCCCUAAUUCAGAUAAUGCAUGUCAUAAGAAGAUGCCCAGUGCUUCAAGGCAAGCUUCCUUCAUCCUCACCCUCAAAAUGUCAGUUGCAUCUUGUGCCCUGGCAGCACAGUGUGUGUGUUUGUCUUUCAUUAUAGUGAAACCAUGCUGUUACCGCAAAAUACAAUUUGCUCUUAGCGACUUUUGUCACGAAUUCCGCCGAGACUGCUCCUCCUCCUUGUUCGGGGCAGGCUUCGGCGUUCGUCGUCCCCGGAGUACUAGCUGCUACCGCUUGAUGUUCUCUAUGUUUGUUUGGUUUUGUCUUGUUGGUGCACCUGUUUCGUCUUAUGUAUUUAUUAUGUCACCUAUACGUUUCCUUUGGUUUUGUUUGUAGUUGUGUGUUGUUGUCCGUCUGUCCGUUGGUGAUGUGUAUUUGCUCUCAUGUAUUUAGUGUAUUGACGCACUGUAUGCGUAAUCUCUUGUAUUUAGUGUAUUGACGCACUGUUUGCGUAAUCGCUUGUAUUUAGUGUAUUGACGCACUGUAUGCGUAAUCUCUUGUAUUUAGUGUAUUGACGCACUGUUUGCGUAAUCGCUUGUAUUUAGUGUAUUGACGCACUGUUUGCGUAAUCGCUUGUAUUUAGUGUAUUGACGCACUGUAUGCGUAAUCUCUUGUAUUUAGUGUAUUGACGCACUGUUUGCGUAAUCGCUUGUAUUUAGUGUAUUGACGCACUGUAUGCGUAAUCGCUUGUAUUUAGUGUAUUGACGCACUGUUUGCGUAAUCGCUUGUAUUUAGUGUAUUGACGCACUGUAUGCGUAAUCGCUUGUAUUUAGUGUAUUGACGCACUGUAUGCGUAAUCGCUUGUAUUUAGUGUAUUGACGCACUGUUUUGCGUAAUCGCUUGUAUUUAGUGUAUUGACGCACUGUAUGCGUAAUCGCUUGUAUUUAGUGUAUUGACGCACUGUUUGCGUAAUCGCUUGUAUUUAGUGUAUUGACGCACUGUUUGCGUAAUCGCUUGUAUUUAGUGUAUUGACGCACUGUAUGCGUAAUCGCUUGUAUUUAGUGUAUUGACGCACUGUUUGCGUAAUCGCUUGUAUUUAGUGUAUUGACACACUGUAUGCGUAAUCGCUUGUAUUUAGUGUAUUGACGCACUGUUUGCGUAAUCGCUUGUAUUUAGUGUAUUGACGCACAGUAUGCGUAAUCGCUCGCCUCCGUUGUUUUGAGGCCCGUUAUUUUGUAUUGUCGUGUUUUGACAAGUAAAGUCGGUUUGACUAAGCUUCUGUGUCCUGCGCCUGACUCCAACACCACAUCCACAUCAGCUCGUGACAACUUUCCUAUACAGAUUAAAUGGCUUACCUGCUCCACAGCAAGCUGCUCUAUCCACACUGAUUGGUGAAGUCAUUUAAUAUCAAGCUAAAUGUAAAAUAUAUGUAUAUAUUUCAGAGGUUUAAAAAAUAACCGAAAUGACUUUUUGGGGGUUUGAAUUGGUUCAGAACUUUAUUUUGCUGGUCGGAACAGUGGAACGGAACAGAAAAAAUAAUGGUUCUGUUCAGAACAAAAUGAUUGGAAAAUAAUUUUGGUUCCAACCCCUAAAUAUAUUAGUUUACAAAAUGUCAGUGGAGGCUGCUGAGGUGAGGACGGCUCAUAAUAAUGGCUGGAACGGAGUGAAUGGAAUGGCAUCAAACACAUGGAAACGAUCCCACCUAUUCCGCUCCAGCCAUUACCACGAGCCCGUCCUCCCCAAUUACGGUCCCACAAAACUCCUGUGAAGUAGGUAUAUCUAGCUGUCCGAUAACACGUUCUGAUGGAAUGGCUUGUCCUGUACUUUUACCUAGAGUGCAUUGAGUGAAUGUUGGAAAAAUAUCUUGGUUCCUUUCUAAACAUAACAAUGUGAAUGCAAAAGAGGACUCGGACCACAAAAUAGGUGAAGUGAACUGGCAAAAGAGUCCUCAUUCAAAAGUAAAGGCAGUGUGAGAGUUCUAAGACGUAUUCUUUAAAGUGAGUGUAUUUAACUCCUCACUGUGUGCUUUAGGUGUGCGGUGUGUGAGGCCCCUGCCAUGGUGAUCGCUGUACACAGUCAGACCAUUCAGAUCCCCACCUGCCCCAACUACUGGGAACCACUGUGGAUCGGAUACUCCUUCAUGAUGGUGCACACAUACACAUACACACACAUGCACACGCACACAAACACACACACAUACACACGCACACAGACACACACAUACACUCACAUACACACACACACUCACAGACACGCCAACAACCCUUGCCAAAGUACACAUGAAUGAAGUUUGACAUUUUAAGUGUGUUAAUAAUGCAUAUUCAAAGCCCACUAUAUCCACACACAAAUUAAUCUUUCUUCCACUCUCUCUCUCUCUCUCUCUCUCUCUCUCUCUCCUCCCCCCCCCCCCCCCCCCCCCCCCUUCCUCCACCUCCCUAUCUAACAGCACACCAGUGCAGGUGCUGAGGGCUCUGGUCAGGCUCUGGCCUCCCCUGGCUCCUGUCUAGAGGAGUUCCGGAGCUCUACCUUCAUCGAGUGUCACGGCCGAGGGACCUGCAACUAUUAUGGCAACACAUACAGCUUCUGGCUGGCCACUGUCGACCAAUCAGAAAUGUUCAGGUACCAUCAAUCAAUCAACAAAUGAUUUUCCAAACAGAAAUGUUUAGGUACAAGACACUGAGGUUGCUACUGAAAUAGCGACCUAUUUCCUAUAUAAGUGCACUCUAACUCUAACUGGAAGUGCUAGCUAAACAGAUUGGUUAUUUUCAUAUACGAUGUAAAGAUCCCAGUGCACAUACAGUGAUGCCAACCCCUGACCUCUGACCCCUAACCCCUGACCCAUAACAGGACGCCACAGUCAGAGAUGCUGAAGGCAGGUAACUUACGGACGCGCAUCAGCCGCUGUGUGGUCUGUAUGAAGAGGACGUAA